AUGUCAUCAACAUCAUCAAAACCGUCAGGCAAUUAUCAAACAAAUUGUUGCUAUCAACAAUCACCAUAUGGAAAUAAUGUUGGUCAAUAUUCACUUAUACCAACAUCACAUCACCAUUCACAACAGCAGCAGCAGCAACAGCAACAGCAACAGCAACAGCAGCAGCAACUAGUCAAUAAUAAUAACAACGUUCAAUCACUUUCACCAGCAUCUCUAUCGCUCGUUUAUGGCAAUCAGCAACAAGCCGCCAAUGCAUCAAAUGUUCUGCAAACGCGUUAUCAAAAUGAACAAAUCAAUGACAAAACUAGUAACAGUUUAGCAUCAGUUAUAGCUAAUGGUCAACAACAGUCAAUGAUAAAUCCGUCCGCUGCAUUAGCAGCUAAUGCAAAUUAUAGAAGAAAUUUUAAUGCGUGUGCUAAACCACCUUAUAGUUAUAUUUCAUUAAUUACAAUGGCAAUACAAUUAUCAGCCAAUCGAAUGUGUACUUUAGCGGAAAUUUAUCAAUUCAUAAUGGAUUCAUUUCCAUAUUACCGUCAAAAUCAACAACGAUGGCAAAAUUCGAUUCGACACUCAUUAAGUUUUAAUGAUUGCUUUGUUAAAGUACCGCGAAGUCCUGAUAGGCCCGGCAAAGGUUCUUAUUGGGCAUUACAUCAAGAAGCAACAAAUAUGUUUGAAAAUGGAUGUUAUCUUCGACGACAAAAACGAUUUAAAUGCAAUAAACAACGUCUAGAUCAUGAUCGUGAUUCGAAUAAUAAUAGUCGACGUCAAGGUAUUAAUAAUAGUCUAGAUAAAUCAACAGCAUCAACAGGCAGCGGACAGCAAAGUCCUAUAUCAUCAUCAUCUGAAAAAUCAUGUGAUGAACAACUAUUAAUUAUGCAACAACAACUCCCAGCAAGACCUAUCUAUAUGCAGCAACAGCAGCCAACAAUAGAAUCCUCACAACCAUCAGCCACAAAUGUUGAUGUUAAACAACUUAAACAGGAACAGUGUGAAUUUAAUCAAAUGUCAUUUGAUCCACAUACAUUUCCAAAUUAUUCACCAUUUGCUAUAAAUACACUUAUUAUGCACCAAGGUUUUGGUGAUAAUCCAGCAGCAUUAAAUGCUUAUUAUGCAUCACAACUACCACAAACAGCUUUUGCCCCAUCAUCAUCAGAUUAUUAUCAUCAUUCAGCUAUGUACGCAUCGCAACCGACAACUUUGUGA